AUGGCCCCAGCAGCACUUGACGACCCUACAACACCACCAAGAGUGGUGGGACCAGCAACCAAAAAGGCAACACGCCCAACCAACCAGAUUCCUCAAUCUAUGAUUGAUGAAGCACGAAUGGUGACAAAGGAAGCCUUUGACCCCAAAGUCCACCUGAACUAUGAACCUCCCAAAAAGAUUUACACAAUGAAGGAGAUCGGACUUGCGGGUCAUGGGAUCUCACCGAAUGCCGCAUCGGAGCCCUUUUCACUCUUUACCGAAGAGGCUAUCAGGCAGAUGAGAGCGGAAAUCUUUAGUGAAGAGGCCCUCAAAGAUUGCCAAUACACUUCCACCUUCAUUAAAAACAUGGUUCGAGGCAUGGGCCCUGCACUCGCUCCAUUUAUCUAUGAUGCGUGGAAUCAUCCAGAGGUUAUAUCCAAAAUCUCCGAAGUUGCCGGUGUGGACCUCAUUCCCUCGAUUGAUUUUGAGAUCGGAAACGUCAACAUCUCUUUUGGUGAUGGUACCACGGCCACGUUGGGUAAGACCGUAGAUGUCGAGGACAGAACAUCUGCUGUUGCCUGGCAUUACGAUAGCUUUCCCUUCGUCUGCGUGACGAUGCUGUCGGACUGCACGGGCAUGGUUGGUGGAGAGACUGCCCUGCGGAGACCCGACGGACACAUCAUGAAGGUUCGCGGUCCAGCCAUGGGAACCGCUGUGGUGUUACAAGGGCGAUACAUCGAGCAUCAAGCGCUGAAGGCCCUCGGUGGUCGUGAGCGGAUUAGCAUGGUCACAUCGUUCCGACCCAAAUCACCGAUGAUUAAAGAUGAGACUGUGCUCACUGGUGUACGGGGAAUCAGUGAGCUGAACAGCUUGUACAGUCAAUAUACGGACUAUCGACUGGAACUCUUAGAGGAGCGUCUUAGAAUUAUCUUGAAGGAAGAACGACGCCGCCAGGCUGCAAAGCGCCCCUUUGAUAUACCUAAGAUGAGGAGGUUUCUGUUGGAGCAGAAGAAUUUCUUGGAUUCUAUGCUGGAGGAGCUUAUCGAGGUGGAUGAUUAG